UUUAUAAAUAGCCACAAGGACAAGAUUGUUUUUGGACAUGGUAAUGUUCGAAUGAAAUAACUGAAAAUAGUUUAAAUAAGAGAAAUGACAUAUGAUCGAGAUGCUAUCAACCACUGCCAUGGGAUGGCCUCAAUCUUGCGCGUCUGACUUAGAGCCGAAGUCAAAUGACACAACAUGAAACACACAUAGAGGAGAUGGAAGCUGCAAAUUAUAGACAAAUUCACCAAGGAUGGAGAAAACGCCACCACUGUGGAGAACAACGCACAAGCGUCGUCGCCGUGAUAGCCGAGCAAAGUCAGCCAAGGAUUUCUCUCCAUCCCGUUGAGGGUUUUGGGGGUUAGUGGUUAGGGUGUGGGGAUGCUGGCGCAUACAACCAGGAGAGUUGCGGAGGCCGGAGGGGGUUGUAGGGCGAGCCUAUGGCGCCGAUGGUGCCAUGUCCGCGUUAGCCCGAGGAAGACUGACCCGGGCCGCUACUCUCUAAGGGCCAACGUUGGAUUUGGGACGCCAUGUGCCGCCCAGCACCAGAUCCGGCCGGGGGCUACUCCCUCAUCCUAUAGCAGCAUGUGCCAUGGUGUCGGAGCAGAUGCAGCUGGAUAUGAGCAUGGGGAGCCGCCGACGAGGAGAGAUCGUUGUCGACUCGCCUCCGCCGUCCGUCGCGAGAUGGAAGAAGAUCAAAGUUUCGUGGACAUGUUGAGUUUUGGUGGCACACUACAACUGCCUUGUAGUCCACUUGAAAAGCAAGAGGUGCCAGCAACUCAAGAAUCUUCUGCAGUUGUGAAAGCAAAAUUCACGAAAGGAAAACAUUGGUCUCGUGAUGAGGACAAGGUGGAUGCAGUGAUUGGCACAGAUCAACAAUCAAGUUUAUAUUGGGGUAGGAUUUCAGAGUACUACAACACGAACAAGAAUUCGUCAUGGCCAGAGCGUAAUCCGAAUGCAAUCAAUUGUCGUUGGAACACUAUCCGGGAACAGACCAAUAAGUUCUGUGGAUAUUUCCAGCAGAUUAUUAAUAGAAAUUGUAGUGGGCAGACUACUGAUCAGAAGUUAUGUACCUAUCUUUUCAAUUCAAUUGUAAAAUUCUAUGUCUUAUGUGGAAGUUUUACCUAUCACAAUUUUUUGUGCAGCAAGCCGAGGCACAUCUUUUGUACAAGACCAAAGAUCCUAAAGGCAUUGCUAUUUACAUUUUUUUUGCGAAUAAGGAGAAUUUCAUUGCAUCGGGUAAGGGUUACAUCAUUCCGUCGAAGCCAACAAGAGGUUUGUCAGCUAGUCCUGGCACAAGAGGUUUGUCAGCUAGUCCUGGCAAAAGCCGCCAGAUCAUGACUAACCCUAUUCUGCGAAUGAUGAAUUUUGCUACUCCCUUCAUUCCUUACAGAAAGAUGACAUAGUUUUGUCGAUUUUCAAAAAAAUGAUCAGUUUAUAAAAAAAUUACCAAGAUCUAUAAAAUCAAAUAAAUAUGUUUUAUGAUGGAUUUCUUUACACUUCUAAAGAUUUGAGUUGGUGGUCGCGAGUUCACUCCAACAAGACCAUCCCUUAAUGGCUACAAAAUCAUCUAAUUGCCACUCAUUUUAUA